AAACAGCGCUUGGCGCGCCCCUUGUCAGGCUCCCACGCCUCGCUCCGUCCGCACCACGCCGUCGACGCGUCGAGCAGAACCUACCGCGUCCCAGCGCGGCCGCAGAAAGCUGCCCGCACCGCCCUACCGUACCUACACACCAGCCACCAGCCACCAUGGGCAAUACGAUGAACGUGGCGGUGAUCAGCCAGGUCUACCAGUCGAACCGGCAGGAGUUGCUCGCCUUGAAGAAGAAGGCUGAAAAAGAUGGAAAAAAAACUAUACAUAGGGAGGGCUGGGAGGCGGCCGAGGUCGCUUGUAGCGUCGAUGAAAGUGAUAGGGAUAUUCACGAGCGGUUAUUCACGUUGUAUGAUAAGCGAGGGAACGACGAGGUGCCCUCGAAGCCAUUUUUGAGUGGACUAGCGACGAUCACGAACAACACGCUGGAAGAAAGGAUACACAUCGCCCUGGAAAUUUGGGAUGAAAAAGGCAGUGGUUAUUUGAGUCAAGAAGACGUCCAGAGCUGCUUCGUGAGCAUGGCCAAGACCUGCGAGUACUUUGGGGACGACCGCAUGGACUUCGAACAAUUGGAGGAGCUCGUGCAGUCGAUGUUCGACACGUUCGACGCGGACCUCGUGGAUUUGAAGAUGAAGUACCGGGACCGCAUCGCGGACUUCGCGGUCCACCCGAUCAUGGAGAUUUAUUUAGGAAGGCAGACGAUGGACGGGUAAGGGGAGGUUUUGU